AUGUCGUUGGAUGAGUGCUUCGUCCUACCGGAUCCUGCAGACGAAAAUUUGAUGACCCGUCAUGCUUCGAACCUCAUAACAGCCACUAUUAACGCGGUGUGUUCAUCUUUCGCUGUUGUAACCAAUUUUCUUGUUGUUUUUGUAAUAGCACGGAGUACAGCUCUUCAUACUCCUUCCAAUGUUCUUAUGGCGAGCCUAGCAUGUUCUGAUCUCUUGGUGGGUAUGGUGGUGCAGCCCUGUUACGUUGUGUUCCGUCUCUAUGAAAACAUCUCACACUUUGUACCACCUUGCUUGUUGAGAAUCGUCUACUCGGAGAGUUUCUGGGUGUGUUACGGCGUCUCGUUCCUGACGCUGAGUACCAUCAGCAUUGAACGGUACAUCGCUCUGCGCUUGCACCUUCGCUACAAGGAGCUAGUGACAACGCAGCGCGUCUACAUGGUUGCUGUGAUUAUCUGGGUGAUGGAUAUUGCAAUGACUUUCAUGGAAUGGAUCGCUCAAAGCAAGCUCCUCCGAAACUGCCACGCAGCCCUCUUACUCUUCUGUCUCCUGGUAACCUUUGCCACCCACCUUAAAAUAUUUUUGAUUCUGCGUCGACAUCAACGUCAGAUAAACAGCAUCAAUCGGAUGUCGUCGAAAAGGAAGAACUUCCAACGCCAGACCAGACUCGCGGUAAGUGUUUCGUACAUCGUGGUUAUCUACAUCACUUGCAACAUCCCCGUGCUGUUCGUAAUGGUGUACAACUUCGCCGGCGGGCAUUUCAACAACCUCAAUGUUUUCAGUUGGACAGAGACUAUAGCUUUCGUGAAUUCGUCGAUCAACCCCGUCAUUUGUUGCUGGAGGAACAGGGGAAUCCGCCGUGAAGUUUUCAACGUUUUAGCAAAGAUGAUUUGUUUGAACAAAACCCUGGUGCAGGUGAAGUUAGGCAAUACGUCUGUUUUGAUGAGAGGUAAUAAUACCAGAGUGCCAGCUCCAGUCCUUGACGUGAAAUAA